GAGGCAGUUGGACAAGUUUGUGGCUGAGCCGGUUUAUCCAGUGUUGAAGAUGGGAAGUUACUUGUCUGCCCCAGCUUACUUCGCUCCCAAGGAUCCGUUUCGGUGCUCUGAAUGUCAGGAUCCCCUCACUAACUGGUACUAUGAGAAAGAUGGGAAGCUGUACUGUCACAAAGACUACUGGGGGAAGUUUGGGGAGUCCUGCCAUGGCUGCUCUCUGCUGAUGACUGGACCUGUGAUGGUGGCUGGCGAAUACAAGUAUCACCCCGAGUGCUUUGCUUGUAUGAGCUGCAAAGUGAUCAUUGAAGAUGGGGACACUUACGCGCUCGUGCAACAUUCCACUCUCUACUGUGGAAAGUGCCAUAACCAGAUUGUGCUGACACCGAUGAUAGAAAAACACUCCACUGAGUCUCUGCGUGAGCAGCUGCCUUAUACACUGACCCUCAUCUCCAUGCCGGCAGCUACUGAUGGCAAGAGGGGGUUCUCUGUGUCUGUUGAAGGUGGCUGCUCCAGCUAUGCCACUGGUGUCCAGGUGAAAGAAGUUAACAGGAUGCACAUCAGCCCAGAUGUCCGAAACGCCAUCCACCCUGCAGAUCGUAUCCUGGAGAUUAAUGGAGCUCCUAUUCGUACAUUACAGGUGGAGGAGGUGGAGGACUUGAUUCGCAAGACAAGCCAGACACUUCAGCUGCUGAUAGAGCAUGACCCUGUCUCCCAGCGCUUAGACAGGCUUCGUUUGGACUCCCGUCUUCCCACCCACAUAAAGCCGCCCAUUUCCCCACGCUCCCUCUCUCCACUGGACAUCAAGGAGAAUCUGGAAGGAACGCUCCGACGGCGCUCCCUCAGGCGAAGUAACAGCAUUUCUAAGUCUCCUGGCCCCAGUUCUCCAAAGGAACCGCUCCUUCUGAGCCGUGACAUCAGUCGUUCUGAAUCCCUACGUUCCUCUUCUAGCUGCUCCCAACAAAUCUUCCGGCCCUGUGACCUGAUUCAUGGCGAAGUACUAGGAAAAGGAUUUUUUGGACAAGCAAUCAAGGUGACUCACAAAGCAACAGGAAAGGUGAUGGUGAUGAAGGAGCUGAUUCGCUGUGAUGAGGAAACACAGAAGACUUUCUUGACAGAGGUGAAAGUGAUGCGCAGCCUGGAUCACCCCAAUGUACUGAAGUUCAUCGGUGUACUGUACAAGGACAAGAAGCUGAAUCUCCUCACUGAGUACAUUGAGGGGGGCACCCUGAAGGACUUCCUCCGCAAUGCGGACCCGUUUCCCUGGCAGCAGAAGGUCAGCUUUGCCAAAGGAAUUGCCUCUGGAAUGGCUUACUUGCACUCCAUGUGCAUCAUUCACAGAGACCUGAAUUCACACAAUUGCCUAAUCAAGUUGGAUAAGACAGUGGUGGUGGCUGACUUCGGUCUGUCUCGGCUGAUUGUGGAGGAAAGAAAAAAGCCCACUUUGGAGAAGCCAUCUGCCAAGAAACGAACCCUACGCAAGAGUGACAGGAAGAAGCGCUACACGGUGGUUGGCAACCCAUACUGGAUGGCCCCAGAGAUGCUAAAUGGACAAAGCUACGAUGAGACAGUGGACAUCUUUUCAUUUGGGAUUGUCCUCUGUGAGAUCAUAGGCCAGGUUUAUGCUGACCCGGACUGUCUCCCACGCACACUGGAUUUUGGCCUUAAUGUCAAGCUGUUCUGGGAGAAGUUUGUUCCUGCCUUUUUCCCUCUGGCUGCCAUUUGCUGCAGACUGGAACCAGAGAGCAGGCCCCCUUUUUCCAAGCUGGAAGAUUCCUUUGAAGCGCUCUCUCUCUACCUGGGAGAACUUGCCAUCCCCCUCCCGUCUGAGCUGGAGGAGCUGGACCACAACGUGAGUGUGCAGUAUGGACUGAACCGUGACAAGCUACCUGAAAACACAACCUAGUCAGCUCGUCCUGCUGCCUGCACCACUUCCACUGGAGUUGAGAUGAGUGACAGGGAGGGAGAUGCACUUCAGCCACUUCCAGGGCAUUAAUGGGCACCACGCUGUGCAUUUGCUGCAUUGCCUCUCUCUCCUCACCCAUCACCCCUCCUCUUGGACAUCCUGAUUCACUGUGGAUUUCUGGCAUGUUUCAGAAGCAAAAAGGACUGUUUCCUGCCAACUGCACCUAGGAAAGCUGCUCAACACUAUUUUUCUGGCUUGAGAAAUGUUUCUCUGGCCUUUUCAGGCUUCUUCACUGUGGUGCCUUAGAACUUGGCUGCAAGCUGUGAAGCCACCCUGGCCUGUCUGCCAGGGAGGGAAUUGCUAUAAGAGACUCUCCUGCACAAGGACCAGCACUUCUGGAACUGCUUCUCCCACUGACUACCCUGCUCAGAAAGCUUGGGAAUUGGACAGCUGGCAAAAGGCCCCACCAGGACAGCAUG